UAGCCCCCUAUCCGUUUCAAUAGCGGCUGGAAAACCUUGGCAAUAGCCUCCUUCAGAUGUCAUGUUUUCCUUGUAAAUUUCCUUGCUAUAGGGGUUGAAUUCACAAAGUUCUUAGGACCAAUCCUAUGUAGGACUCUUUAGGAAUUAUUACAAACUUAAGGCUAGUCCUAAGUUAGGACGAGUAACUUGUCCUCUCUUCCAAUGGAGAGAUGGAUAUUACAGACAGGCUUUAGGAACUCCCAUGGGGUCUCCUAUUUCCCCAGUCUUAGCGAACAUUUUCAUGGAAGAUUUUGAUCAGAAAGCCCUGGGUACCGCUCGACUCAAACCCAAACUUUGGCUCCGAUAUGUGGAUGACACGUUCAUCAUUUGGUCACAUGGAUUGGAAAACCUUGAUGACUUCCUUAGUCACAUUAACCGCCAACACCCUAACAUUCAGUUCACCAUGGAAACUGAGACAUCCGAUUCAUUACCUUUCCUUGAUGUACUCAUUUCCAAGAAGACUGAUGGUUCUCUAGCACACUCCGUGUACAGAAAACCCACCCAUACAGACCGCUACCUCAAUGCUCGGUCAUUCCAUCCUCCUUCUGUGAAAGCCUCAGUGAACCGGACCCUACUUCAAAGGGCACACUUUAUUUGUGAUAAGGAACAUUUACCUAAUGAACUUGAGCACCUUAACACAGUGCUAAAAGAGAAUGGGUAUAAACCAAACAAAAGAGAGUCCCUUUCAAAACACAACUCUCAGUCUGCACAAUCCAAAGAUAUGCCCAUUGCGGUCCUUCCGUACAAUGGUCAUACCUCACACAAAAUUCAACGGAUCCUCCGUGAGGCCGAAAUCAAGGUCUACUACUGAACUCGCAACAAGUUGGAUACUAAGCUACACACUCACAAAGACAAGCAUGACUCUAGCAGUCAGGCAGGGGUCUAUCGAAUUUAAUUGUACUUGUGGUAAAGUGUACAUUGGCAAGACCGGUAGAGACCUAACUACCAGGCUAAAAGAACAUAAAGCACACGGCCGCAGAGGAGAAUAUGAUAAAUCUGCCAUUGUCAAACACUCCACCGAUUUAGACCAUGUCAUAGAUUGGGAUCAGGCUCGUAUCAUAGCACCUGAGAGACAUUGGUAUACAAGGCGUAUAAGGGAAGCUAUCGAAAUAUACAGACACGACACUGUGCCACAAGAUAUCGACUACUUCAUCAGCAGCAUUUGGCAUACUAUCCUACCACCCUCCUCCUCUAACAACCCCCAACCUACUGACACGCCUCACUACACCCGAGAGGUUUCUCACACAAUGGCCAACCCUAACAAUA